UAGUAAACAUAGGCUACGUGUAGGUAGUAGAAGUCCGACGUUCAUAAUUCUGCGCGAAGCUGAAUCCGUUUAUUCAAGAGUGGCAGAAGUUUUAUGAUACUCACAAUUUUAUAUCCUUUUAUAAUCCUAACAAUUCUUAAAUUUCCAAUAUUGAAGCUGCUAACACAUCAUUCUGAAUGUUUUAGUUAGUUGCUCUCCGGCGGGCUGAAGAAGAAAAUAUGUGGACUUGCAAAAAAUGUAGUAAACCUGUUUAUUUCGCGGAGCGUAUCCAGUCUCUGGGAUUUGACUGGCACCCGUCCUGCCUCGUCUGCUGCGAGUGUGGAAAAAAGUUACAUCCAGGACAGCAUGCCGAGCAUGCGGCUGAGCCAUACUGCCAUCAUCCUUGCUAUGGUGCACUCUUUGGUCCCCGUGUAUUUGGCCAUGGAACCCGCACUGAGUGUCACGGGGACUUUGGGAAACGCAACCAUGAGGCUGGUCCAGACAGAGUCUUGCUGGAGGCGAAGCUGCGGGAGUACAACCUCGCGCACGAGGGCAAGCCUGGGGAGAUCACCUGCCGCCAGGUGAACGGGCGUGCUGUGCUGGAAGGCAUCCUGCGCAUCCACUGGGCGGUGCAGGGCGUGAUCCACCUGAAUGUACAUCCCCACGUGAACGGUCGUGCUGUGCUGGAAGGCAUCCUGCGCAUCCACUGGGCGGUGCAGGGCGUGAUCCACCUGAAGCAGGAGGACCCUGGCAGGGCUGGUGCUGAGGGCGUCGUCAGGAGCUGCAGCAGAGGCAGCGUCAACAGCGGACCUGCUACUGACGAAGAGGAUGAUGAGGAGAACACUUCUGAUUCUUACCUCGAAAACUCCCACGGUUACGCAGGGCCGGACUCCUGCUACGCGACCAUGAAGAUACGCACGGUACGCAGGAGGCGAGAUCCUACGCAAACGCAGUCCAUGCGGGACUCCCUGCUGGUGGUGCCUGGGGGUGAUGGUGAUGAAGGGGGUGAUGGUAUCACAUUGAGUGGUGAUGUAGGUGGUAAUGAUGGUGCAUCUAACGACAUCCACAUGAACGGUACUAAGAGCAAUGGUACCAUGCACCACGAUACACCCACCGGUACCACGUCUGUUGUACAGGACGGUAUCUCAGGUACCGGCAACGAUGGUUCGUCGUCAAGUAACAACGGUCACAGCAACGGCCCUGGCAACGGCACCGGCAACGGCCCCGGUACCGUCAGGAGUAACGGGACGCUCAAGAAAAGGGUUUCUUUCUCCCAAGUGGACUGGACCGAGAAACUUAGGGACGUAAAGAUGGACAGAGAGGAGGGCGGUGGUCAUAUGAUGGACGGCGAGGACAGAGAGACAACAGACAAAGCGGAGGACGGUAACGGAGCGCCGCCACAACAGGCAGAGACCACCGCUUCUGUGAUGGACAGAGAAGGUUCAGGUGGCAUCAGUCCAUCAGCGGACAAGCGGUCUAAAGGACGCAGCCAGCUACGUCGUCGUCCUGGUCGCCGGAUGGACAAACGUAAAGUCAAACGUCGGUGUUCCAUCAACGGCCAUAUGUACCUUCGGGAGACCUCGAGCUUCCGUCCCUCUGUAGACACUCCCCCAGCCGUAGUGCGUGCCACCAGCACCACCACCACGACCCACAUCAUCACCACGCUGCUGGAGAAGUACAAGAUAGAGAUGAGUUCUAGCACCUUUGCUUUAUACGUCGCUAAGGACAACGGUGAGAGACGUAAACUCCUACCGACGGAGGCCCCGUUGGUGGUGAGGGUUCUCUUAGGUCCCCACGAGAACGUCGCACGUCUCGUCAUCUCCGACGUCGCCGACACCCCUGACGUUACCCCGGAGAUGGCAGAGUUUGUGCACCUGUCGCUGGCAGAAUGUCGGGCAAUUCUGCGUCAGUAUGAACUGGAGGAGCGCCAGAACAUCAGGGCGAUAAGAAGCAAGUACGACGAAAUUAGGUUCUACUGCCAAUAUUGGCUCGAGCAGAAGAACGGGCCAGCCAAUACAAACGGGUCACUGGGUCCCUGAUGCAU